AUGACACUAGACGAAAAUGAUGCUACCCGGUUUCAAGCCGAGACGGAUGAAUCAUCACAGGCCUCUGACGAUCUAUCCUCCAGUGAGAGCGACAGCGAUCAAAAGCCAGAGAAAUCUGCGGACAAAACUCACAAAGAGAAAAUGGAGGAAUGGGCCUCACGAGUAGAGGCCGACACAUUUGAGAAGUGGAUGCUUCAAAACGUAGUCAAUACAGACUCAAUCCCCCCUGACUAUAAGGAGAUCUUUAUCAACCCAUCGAUCAUCCGGAAGUUGGAACACACCAUCGCUCUCUCGUUGCAGAGGCCCAAAGCUUUCGGUCACGGCAUUCUCAAAGGCAAUAGAAUCACUGGAGCUGUCCUUUACGGGCCUCCAGGUAGCGGAAAAACCAUGCUGUGCCGGAGCCUAGCUAAACAGUCAGGUCUCAACAUGCUGGCCAUAACUCCAGCUGAGAUCUGGCAUUGUUACGUGGGCCAGACAGAGAAGGCAGUGAAGGCCAUCUUUUCGGUAGCACGCAAAAUCAGCCCGUGCAUCAUUUUUAUUGAUGAGGCUGACGCCCUUUUCCCCUCACGUAGAAGCGACGACCAGCGUCAUACACGCAACAUGUUCAACCUCUUUCUUACGGAGUGGGACGGGCUGAUGACCGACCUUACCUCGCCGUUCGUGCUGCUGGCCACGAACCGCCCGUGUGACCUCGACCCAGCCGCGCUGCGCCGCGCCCCAGUUCAAAUCCAUCUCGAAAUGCCUGGGGCCAAAGAGCGUGCCGGAAUCUUGGGCGUGCUUCUUAAGGACGAGACACUUGGGUCCGACAUCACUAUCUCCAAGCUGGUUGAGCUGACACCGCACUACACUGGGUCCGACCUUAAGAAUCUCUGCGUUGCGGCUGCUAUCGAGAGCGUGCAAGAGCAGCGGAAGGACACUUGGUCACGCAUUCUAAUGGAGCGGCAUUUCCUAUCAGCUUUGGGAACCGUAGGAGCCACGAAGAUGAACAAGGCUGUGAAGAGCCAGGCUCGGAGGUUCAAGGCGGACUCUAAGUAG